AUGAUGAAGAAGCUCCUAAGAAGAGCAAAGGAAAAGCAGUUAAGCCAGGGAAGAAGGCCAAACAAGCUAGCCAGAAAGGUCAGUCAGAAGUCUAAAGAUCCAGAGAGUGAUGAUGACUCUGAUGACAAGCCCUUAGUGAAAAAGAAGGUAACUCCGAAAUCAAAAAAAGCAGCCAGCGACACCAUUACAGAAAAAGAAGCCGACUCCAAAAUCGAAAAAGCAGCCAGUGAAAGUGACUCAGAUGAUGAGCCAUUACAGAAAAAGAAGCCGACUCCAAAAUCGAAAAAAGCAGCCAGUGAAAGUGACUCAGAUGAUGAGCCAUUACAGAAAAAGAAGGCGACUCCAAAAUCGAAAAAAGCAGCCAGUGAUAGUGACUCAGAUGAUGAGCCAUUACAGAAAAAGAAGCCGACUCCAAAAUCGAAAAAAGCUGCCAGUGAAAGUGACUCUAAUGACGAGCCAUUACAGAAAAAAAAGCCGACUCCAAAAUCGAAAAUCAAAGCCAAAAAUGCAACAAGUGAUAAUGACUCUGAUGAUGAUCAAUUAGUGAAGAAGAAACAAACUCCAGAAGCUGAAAAAGCCAAGAGUGAGAGUGAUUCUGACAAUGAACCACUGCAGAAGAAGAAGGCUGCAAAGAGUGAGGACACAGAGGAAAGGAAGUCUGGUGGAUCUGACAGCAAGCAAGAGCAACACAGGGAAGGAAAGAAAAGAAAUAAGCCAAGUAGUUCAGAUGAAGAGGAACCUCUGAGUAAGAAGAAAGGCCCAAGUCCCAAGAGGAAGAAGAUAGAAACCCCAAGUGAAUCAGAUGAGGAGCCACUGAGUAAUAAGAAAGGGAAACAGAUGAAGGAUGACCAGUCAGGCAGUGACUCAGAUGCAGAGGCAAGUGCAAAGAUGAAGAAGAGUGUUCCCUCAAAACAGAAGAAGGAGGAAGACUCUGAGGAUUCUGAUGGAAGUGAUGCAGAUGCAAAGAAGAACCAGCUUAGCAGCAACUCGGACUCAGAGUCAGAGGCAGAGAAGGAGAGUAAGAAGACGCCCAAAAGAGGCAGACAGCCCAAGACAGCUAAAGGCAAGAAAAAGGACUCAGACUCAGAGUCAGAGCCAGAGAAGGAGAGUAAGAAGACGCCCAAGAGAGGGAGAAAGCCAAAGGCCAAAAAGACGGCCGAUGACAGUUCAGAAAACUCAGGUGGCGGCAGUAGUUCUGAUGACGAAGAGCCACUAGCCAAGAAAACUCCCGCGAAGCAGAAGACUAAAGCAGCAGAGAAAAAGCCACCUAAACCUGCGCAAACCAGUGAUUCAGACAGUGAUGAACCUCUAGCCAAGAAGAAGAAAGAAGGAACAGGAGAGAAAGGAAAAGAGGUGUCAAAGAAAGCUCCAAAAGCAGACAAGGCAGACAGUGAUAGUUCAGAUACAUCACUCAACUCGGAUAGUGAUAAUGAAGAGUCCUCAAAAGAGCAGAUGAAGCCAGCCAAGAAGGAAGCCAGUAAAAAGUCACCAAAGCAAUCAAAGGGUGAGGACAAACUAGCCCGUCUCAAAAAGUACAUCCGCACCUGUGGCAUCCACAUCAAGAACUAUGACAAACUUCUGGAAGGCUGCAAGAGUAUUGCUGCCAAAAAGGCUAAACUCCUGGGUGUGAUGGAAGAACAGGGACUUAAAGGUGCUCCGACCCUUGAGAAGUGCAAGAAACUUCGCAAGAAGAUUGAAAGAAAGAAAGAAGUUGAGGAACUGGACCUUGGCAACAUCAUAGCUGAUUCAGGUCGAGGCAGACGCAACGCACACAGCCUGUACGCCAGCCAGAGGUCGCAGUCGCCGCAGUUCAACUCUCCAAUCAAAGCAUCGAGGGCAAGAAUCAUAGCCGAAUCAGAGUCAGACCUGGGAGGGCAUGACGAGGUUCCUCUCAGAGUGUCAUGUAUGAAUACGGAGGAGAACAAGGCUACUGCUGUGACCACAGUUGAGGACAAACAGCUAUCCAGAAUACCAAAGUCAAAGCCAAGUACGCCCAAGAUAGGAAAGCCUGUCCGUUCAUUUAUCACAGGCAAUUCUCCUCUGCUGCAAAUCCCAGUGAACAAGCUGAGUCGCAAGCCCAUCCAGGAGAAGGAAGACAAGCCACAGUUAAAAGAAGCAGGAGUCACAGAGGACAAAGAGAACAACUCAGCCAUGGAAGCAGAAAAUGGGAUCGUGGACAGAAAGCGAGCUCUGUCCCCAGGGAAUGAGGUGGAGACACCCAGGAAGAGGUCUAAGAAGGAGGAGGAAGGUGUGAAGAAAGAGGUAAAUGUGAUGCAGAGAAAGAAACCCUCGGUGACAGAGGACGACAUCAAGAACAUCCUUAACAAAGAGUCAGAAGAUGAUGACUCUGGCCUGAGCAGGUUGGAUAGCUCAGAGGAAGAGUCAGGGGAGGAGAAUGCGGCACAGAGGAAAGCCAGUACUAAGUCGGACUCCAAGAAGGGUAACAAAUCCAAUGAGGAUUCGGGCUCUGAUGAGCCCCUGGCAAUGAAAGCCCCCAAGACUAAAGCACAGAAGAAGGAACCUAAUGAGGACUCAGGACAGGAUCUUUCUGAGCCCAAAGCAGAACCAGCAAAGAGUUCCAAGAUGUUAUCUGAGGACUCUAGCGAAGAUGAAGAAGAGGUGCCGAAAAAGAAAAAGUCCACACAGGCAUCAGCAAAAGGCAAGAAUACCAAAAAGAAGAACAAGGCAAGGAAAGGUGAUGAUUCUGAUGAUUCUGAUGACGAUGAACCUCUUGUGAAGAGCAGAGGGAGGCCAAGGAAAUCCAGCAAAGCCUCCUUGCGUGAGUCUAGCUCAGAAGGAUCAUCAAGUGAGUCAGAGUAUGAGCCUGAGGCCAAGAAGGGAGGCAAAAAAACUAAGGCCAAACAAAAGAGCAAGGCAGCAGCCAGAAACACAAAGUUGGCCAAGAAGAAAUCUAAGAACAGUGAUUCCGAUUCUGAUGAUGAUGAAGAAGCUCCUAAGAAGAGCAAAGGAAAAGCAGUUAAGCCAGGGAAGAAGGCCAAACAAGCUGUGAGUUCCAGUGACUCAGAUGAUGAGCCACUUGUAACUAAGAAAAGAGCCAGAAAGGUCAGUCAGAAGUCUAAAGAUCCAGAGAGUGAUGAUGACUCUGAUGACAAGCCCUUAGUGAAAAAGAAGGUAACUCCGAAAUCAAAAAAAGCAGCCAGCGACAGUGACUCUGAUGACAAGCCCUUAGUGAAAAAGAAGCCGGCUCCAAAAUCGAAAAAAGCAGCCAGUGAAAGUGACUCAGAUGAUGAGCCAUUACAGAAAAAGAAGCCGACUCCAAAAUCGAAAAAAGCAGCCAGUGAAAGUGACUCAGAUGAUGAGCCAUUACAGAAAAAGAAGCCGACUCCAAAAUCGAAAAAAGCAGCCAGUGAAAGUGACUCAGAUGAUGAGCCAUUACAGAAAAAGAAGGCGACUCCAAAAUCGAAAAAAGCAGCCAGUGAUAGUGACUCAGAUGAUGAGCCAUUACAGAAAAAGAAGCCGACUCCAAAAUCGAAAAAAGCUGCCAGUGAAAGUGACUCUAAUGACGAGCCAUUACAGAAAAAAAAGCCGACUCCAAAAUCGAAAAUCAAAGCCAAAAAUGCAACAAGUGAUAAUGACUCUGAUGAUGAUCAAUUAGUGAAGAAGAAACAAACUCCAGAAGCUGAAAAAGCCAAGAGUGAGAGUGAUUCUGACAAUGAACCACUGCAGAAGAAGAAGGCUGCAAAGAGUGAGGACACAGAGGAAAGGAAGUCUGGUGGAUCUGACAGCAAGCAAGAGCAACACAGGGAAGGAAAGAAAAGAAAUAAGCCAAGUAGUUCAGAUGAAGAGGAACCUCUGAGUAAGAAGAAAGGCCCAAGUCCCAAGAGGAAGAAGAUAGAAACCCCAAGUGAAUCAGAUGAGGAGCCACUGAGUAAUAAGAAAGGGAAACAGAUGAAGGAUGACCAGUCAGGCAGUGACUCAGAUGCAGAGGCAAGUGCAAAGAUGAAGAAGAGUGUUCCCUCAAAACAGAAGAAGGAGGAAGACUCUGAGGAUUCUGAUGGAAGUGAUGCAGAUGCAAAGAAGAACCAGCUUAGCAGCAACUCGGACUCAGAGUCAGAGGCAGAGAAGGAGAGUAAGAAGACGCCCAAAAGAGGCAGACAGCCCAAGACAGCUAAAGGCAAGAAAAAGGACUCAGACUCAGAGUCAGAGCCAGAGAAGGAGAGUAAGAAGACGCCCAAGAGAGGGAGAAAGCCAAAGGCCAAAAAGACGGCCGAUGACAGUUCAGAAAACUCAGGUGGCGGCAGUAGUUCUGAUGACGAAGAGCCACUAGCCAAGAAAACUCCCGCGAAGCAGAAGACUAAAGCAGCAGAGAAAAAGCCACCUAAACCUGCGCAAACCAGUGAUUCAGACAGUGAUGAACCUCUAGCCAAGAAGAAGAAAGAAGGAACAGGAGAGAAAGGAAAAGAGGUGUCAAAGAAAGCUCCAAAAGCAGACAAGGCAGACAGUGAUAGUUCAGAUACAUCACUCAACUCGGAUAGUGAUAAUGAAGAGUCCUCAAAAGAGCAGAUGAAGCCAGCCAAGAAGGAAGCCAGUAAAAAGUCACCAAAGCAAUCAAAGGGUGAGGACAAACUAGCCCGUCUCAAAAAGUACAUCCGCACCUGUGGCAUCCACAUCAAGAACUAUGACAAACUUCUGGAAGGCUGCAAGAGUAUUGCUGCCAAAAAGGCUAAACUCCUGGGUGUGAUGGAAGAACAGGGACUUAAAGGUGCUCCGACCCUUGAGAAGUGCAAGAAACUUCGCAAGAAGAUUGAAAGAAAGAAAGAAGUUGAGGAACUGGACCUUGGCAACAUCAUAGCUGAUUCAGGUCGAGGCAGACGCAACGCACACAGCCUGUACGCCAGCCAGAGGUCGCAGUCGCCGCAGUUCAACUCUCCAAUCAAAGCAUCGAGGGCAAGAAUCAUAGCCGAAUCAGAGUCAGAGUCGGAUUAAUGUUAUUUCUUCUGUCCGAAUUUCCUUUUUGUUAUUAUUAUUGCACUAAUGAUUAUUCUUUGUUAAUUUUAUUAAUUUUGUUGACAGCGUUUUGCCUUUUGUGUUUUUUUAUGCCAUCGCACUUACAGUUUAUGUAUUUGUUUAUUUUUCAAUUGGCUGAUCUGUCCUUCGCUCACUUAAAAUUCCGUAUGGAGCGAUUGCAGGAAAAUUAAUAGAUUUUCCUUCUUACGAUGGAAUGGAUAAAUAAACAAAAGUAAGAGACAUAUUUUUCAUUGCAUUUACUCAGUCUGUGUGAUGAAGCGUAGGUUCUCUUUUUUCAUUUUAUAGUUUCAUAGCCUGAUUGAGACCAUGAUAAUUCUCUUUGGGGCUGUAUUAGAGUUGUUCUAAUAUUUUUAUAAAUAACUGCGGAUUAAUAUUUCUAGUGAGAACUCUAUAUAUGGAUUAGAAACCCCUUCCUUCCAAAAACAUAAAUUUAUAUGUAAAUUAUUUUAUAACUGCCAUAUUUUGUUAAGGAUGUAAAUUUUAAUGAAUCCUCAAACAAAUAAGUAUCCAUUUAGCUCUGUUUUUUUUUCUAAUCUCGGUGUAUUACUUUUAGGAUUAUAUUUCUCAUUUAUUACAAUUUUUUUUUAAUUUAUUUGUAUAAGUGAAGAUAAGGCCAUUUGAGGGCAUUCAACUGUACCUGUAAUUAUCAAUUGAAAGAGUACAAUAUGUGUUAACCCAAUGCUGCCAGGUAGUACUAGUAAUUGACUCCUUGGUGAGUAAGCUCUUUUGGAGCUAGUUAUCUGUGAAUUCAGUUGGUAAAGUAAACUCACAUUAGGCGUGCUAUUUACAUACAUUAUGUCCCCUGUAGCAUUGGGUUAAUUUGCAGAGUAUAUGGUGGGCAGUGUAUGAGGUUCCUGUGGCUGUGGCUUCUGUGAAUUUUCAUGACAGUUUGUAGUGUGAAUGUUGUUUUAUCAUUCCUCUUGAAUUUCUUGGUGUAAGAGCCAGCAAAGAUUGAAUUAUAUAUAUUUUUUUUUACAUAGGGAUAGCUCACUUUUGUAACAAAGCACAGCUAAAAGUCUUGGUUAUGAUAAAAUGCAACAAAGUUUCUUUUGCAAACAUUUUCAGCUCAUGAACAGUUUUAGGACAACAUACAGUGUAUUGUCAUUAGACCAUAUUGCAGAUAUAGCCACUAAUUGUAGUAAGAGGAAGUUAUUUUAUUUUAAUUUUCUCCACUGUCUUGUUUAGAGAUCACUGCAUACAUUUAAUGAAGGUAUAUUAUGAUACACAUAAUUUCUUAAAUGACACAGUUGAUUAGGUGAGUAAAAAUGCAAAUACACAGUACUAAACCCACCACUACACACAGUACCAGCUUUACCUUUUACAGAAAGUAAUUCAAAAUAUCUAGAACACUAUCUAGAACAUUUUUUAAAGGAUUCAUAUAUUUGUAGUAUGCUUCUUUACUAGUGUCUUUAAUGCUUGUAGUUGACCAAGGGACUGUGAUUUUUGACUGUAGAAGAUUGUGUAUACAGGAACUGUUAAAUCUGCUUUGUAUUUUGUAUUGUAUUGAGUUAGAUCUGUAUUGUAUUUUCUUCUUAUAAAUGCUUUGGCUUUUCUUUAUCUGUCUUUAGUAUUAAUCAUAGAAUGAAUUUUAUUUUGAUAAAUUUUAUUAAAGUAUAAUAAUUUAUGUAAUUUGAUUAAAUCAUUCCACCAAAAAUAAGACAGAAUGAGUAACCUACAUUAACUGGAUAUAGAAAUUUUGUAAAUCUUUUCAUACAAAUACAUGUAAUUUAAUCAUGUAAAUACAAUAUUAUCACAGUUAA